GUGUGCACAGGUGAGGCAGGGGCUCCUUUAAGCCGGGCACUGGGCUCUCACCUGUGCACCCCCCCACAGGUAACUCCAGCCCAGGUGAGCCUCACCUGGGGCCGGGCUCUCACCUGUGCGUCCCCCACAGGUAACUCCAGCUCACCUGAGGUGCGGCUGGUGGCCGGGCCGCACCUGUGCGCAGGUAGGGUGGAGGUGCUGCACGAGGGGCGCUGGGGGACGGUCUGCGACCACGGCUGGGACCUGCGGGACGCACAGGUGGUCUGCCGCCAGCUGGGCUGUGGGAGGGCGCUGGCGGCUCGAGGCCACGCCCACUUUGGGCAGGGCUCGGGCCAGGUGUGGCUGAGCGACCUCACCUGUUUGAGCGGGGAGCGACACCUGUGGCACUGCCCCGGCCCCACCUGGGGCAACAACACCUGCGGGCACGAGGAGGACGCGGCGGUGGAGUGCACAGGUGAGGAGACUCCGGAGCCGCUCCAGGUGCGCCUGGCGGGGGGCCCGGGCAGGUGCGCGGGGCGGGUGGAGGUGUUACACCUGGGCAGGUGGGGCACGGUGUGCGACGACACCUGGGACCUGCGGGCGGCCCGGGUCACCUGCCGGCACCUGGGCUGCGGCCCCGCCCUCAGCGCACCUGGCGGCGCCCGCUUCGGGCCCGGCCGCGACCCCGUCUGGCUGGACCAGGUGAGCUGCUCAGGUGAGGAGCUCACCUUGGACAGGUGCGAGCUGCGGCAGUGGGAGAGCACGACUGCGGCCACGAGGAGGACGCGGGGGUGGUGUGCGCAGGUGUGCGCAGGUCCCGACCCCCCCCAGGUGCGGCUGCUGGGCGGCCCCGGGCCCUGCGCGGGGCAGGUGCAGGUGAGGCUGAACCGCACCUGGCUGCAGGUGUGCGGCCUCACCUGGGGGCUGCCCGAGGCUCAGGUGCUGUGCCGGCAGCUGGGCUGCGGCCCCGCCCUCAGCGCACCUGUGGGGCCGCACCUGCCCGGGCCGGGGGCGGGGCAGCCUCACCUGGCCGGGCUCACCUGCGACGGCUCCGAGUCGCAGCUCCUCGAGUGCCUGCGCGGGGGGAGGGGCCCCGCACCUGCGCAGGUGGGGCCGCCCAGGUGCGCUGCGCAAUGCCCGCAGGUGCCUCCCCCAGCUGCGCUUACCUGGUGGCGCUGCUGGUGCUGCUGACGUCGGUGGGCGGGGCCCUGCUCUGGCUCACCUUGAGGGCCAGGUGUGUCCCAGCUCACCUGGACACCCCCAGGGCCCCCAGCGCCAUUUACCUGCCCAGGAGAGCCUCACCUGGGGAGGCCGAGGCGCUGCAGCUGAUGGACGAUGAUCCCUGAGCUCACCUGGUGGAGCUCACCUGGUGGAGCUCACCUGGAGGAGCCUGGAGAUCACCUGGAGAUCACCUGGAAUCCUUCACCUGGUGGAGCUCACCUGGAGGAGCCUGGAGAUCAC